AUGCAGUCAUUUCGAUUCACGCUUCCUAAUAAUGGCACCGUGGAAGGUGUGCAUUCCAUUCCACCAUCUUCAGGGACCCCUCUUAAGUACCGUCCUUUGAUCGUGGGCCUUCAUGGAGGAUGCUAUGAUCACCGCUAUUUUAACGCCACUCCCAAAUGCUCUGCUUCCUUGGCGAGCGCUGCUUUUGGGGUGCCUUUUGUUUCCAUUGAUCGUCCUUCUUAUGGCGGAACGAGCUCUAUCCUGCCUAUUCCUGAAGGUUCAGACUUUUUCGAACAAUCCGGUUUCUUGUUGCAUCAACAAAUCCUCCCCACACUCUGGCGCGAGAUUGGCAUGCCAAGCCAAUGCAAUUGUAUCGUCCUGCUAUCUCACAGCUUAGGAGUGAUGCCAGCCAUUAUUACCGCAGCUUUACAUGCUCAAGAUAAGACGCCGUCGUAUCCCCUUGGGGGAUUGAUUGCAAGUGGCAUGGGCGAUAAGCAGUCCUCAUUUAUGAAAGAUGGCCCUCCUUCGUUUCUUCCUGUCGAUAAUGACUAUGCACUCUUCCCUCUGGAUGCAAAAGACGAUAUAAUGUUCAAACCAGAGACUUUUGACCCGGUGGUCUUGGAGCAUAGUGAGCGCCUUAACGCGCCUUGCCCUCUCUCCGAAGUAUCACAGUUUGCGGCGCUGUGGCUCCCUGUCUGGAAGCAGAAGUGGGCCGCGCAUGUUUCAACACCUGUGAUGUUUUCUCUUGUGGAGGACGACCCAUUCUUUGUGGCUACUGAAGAGGAAAUUGAAACCUGCGUACGGGCCUUUAAGAGUAGUGUCCGUGUCGAUGGGAGCUUGAUUACAGGCGCACCUCAUUGCGUGGAGCUUAGCUAUUGGUCGCAAGGGUGGUAUGCUCGGUGUUUUGGGUUCGCCAUGGAAUGUGCUGCCAGUUUUGCUAGCUCCACCUAG